AUGCGGAAGGAAGCUCUUACACCAGCGUCGGCCAGCUGUGAUGAAAGCCUUCGAACGUGGACAGCCAGAGAGCAGGAAAUCCUUAUGAUGUACUUGGCGGGUAAUCUUGACCUCCCAUACCCACCGAACUUUGUCAAAGAUAUCAUGACUGGAGAAUAUCGUGCGAUGCUGGAGGAUAUGCAUGAAGCCUAUUUUAACGCUUACCUUACUGCCGCACUGCCUGCUUCGCGUGACGCUAAACGUCUUUCUUUCGAUGGAGUCAAGACGUUAAGAUUCACCUUCUACUCAAAAAAAGCAGCAACAAGAUGGAAAGAUAAAACGAUGAGGUUUCAGAAGGCUGUUAUCACGAUCCGGGACACGGAGCGAUCACCCGAAGACGAAGGAACUGGUCACUACAACCCAGCGCAAUUAGAACUUCAAUAUGCAAUUCGAGUCUACGGGGGAGCGGAGCUAGGGCUCGUGACACUUGCAAGAGCUUUUACAAGCUUCUCGGAGGCAAAAGUUUUGGAUGUUGAGAAGAAAAAGGCACCAAUUCCUACGGCGGAGAAGCGAUAUGCAGAAUUCCAACGUACGGCGGCCUUAGGACGUUAUGGAGCCUUGGCACAGUCGGAUAGUGAAGAGGACGGAGCCACAGACGCUAUGGAGGUUGACGAAAUGGAUCCAACCGGUCCGCCCACCGAAAGUAGUUACGAGAGGGAGGAGGCUCCGUAUGCAUAUGAGGAGUCAAUGGUAGAGCAUAUUCACCAACGUCACGAGGAAGGUGAAGACCCACAAGUUGAUUCCAUGACGAACCAACAGCGGAAUCACCACGCCACAACGGAUGCCAUUAUGACACCGGCGUGUAUGGAUGGGGAGGAUAGUAAAUGUGGGGAGUCACAGGAAGGUCACAAAGCCUUCCCAGUUAUAGCGACGCAUCAAGCGAUCCAGCAUGGACAACAGCCGAUAGCUGCAUCCGCCAAGUCGACGCGGAAAAAUAAAAUGCAUUCCGGGAAAAUCGGUCUCCAAAACGGAGCGAUCAAGAGUAUGCAGGUUAGCAUGGCCACCUUCAUGCAGACAGCGGCCAAGCUAGCAGCCCACGACACUACGGUGGAUUCGGUGGAUUCACCAGCCCAACUCGUGACGACCACCGAUCCCACACAGAAUGAAGCAUCGGAGGAGGAUUAUGUGUCGGAAACUCCUGACUCACAGCAAUCAGUGGAAAUAGGUGAAAGUCGUCUAGGAACUGCGGAAGAGCUCGCAGAGACAAUCUCCGACUCGUACACUUGGAAAUCCACAAUUAACCAGCUCACGGAGUCGGAACGGAAAACCGACCUGCAAACUGUUAACCAACUGGUAAAUAUGGACUCUGUUAACUGGUUAUUGUGCAAACGUAUGGAGAUGAGAGAACGACUGGAUGUAGCACACGCCCGGCUUGGAUUACCAGUGCUGGAGUCAUCUUCACCAGACUUCGAUGCAGAAGCAGCGGUCACAUGCGAAAAUCAACAAAUACAUGAAGAAUACGGACUAGAUCAUCUGGCUGCGUCAUCUCCGACACCAGGAGAUUCAUCUAGCAAGGACGACGAAGUCCCUACUCGCAUUGCCCGAGUCGCAACUGGGACCGUCGUGACCAACUCGUACUUUCGCAUCUUAAGGGACUCACCGGACUCUCCAAUGGACCACGUGGAUAAACCGUUAGCAGUGACAAUAGAGGCCGCAAACUGUGAGACAUUCCGCACAUGGUGUGAGUUGUUUAGGGCCAAGCUGAAAAUUCCAACCACAAAACGCAGACGUGGAACAGCAGCAGAUAUCAUGGAAUGGCUAUUCAAGACCCCGGAGGCACUCCGGCACCUGUACGCCUUCCUCCCAUACCCCGAACAAGAAGCUAAAACCUGA